AUGUCUGGAAAGAAAGUUCGCUAUGGUAUCAUCGGAUACGGUCUUCUCUCAGCAACUCGUCUUGUUCCUGAGGCCUUUGGCUUCAAACCAGGCUGGAAGAAGCCAGAACACGCAGAAUUAGUUGGUGUUUCAAGCAGAAGUGACAGAAAUCGCAAAGAAAUCGAAAACCUCGGUAUCAAAUGGUAUACAGUUGACGAAAUGAUCAACUCACCAGAUAUUGAUGCAGUUUUCAUCGUUACUCCAAACCUUUCUCAUAAAGACAUUGCAAUACGUGCACUUAAGGCCGGAAAGCAUGUUCUCCUUGAGAAGCCAAUGACUACAAACGUUGAAGAUGCCGAAGAAAUCGUCAAAGUUGCUCAAGAAUGCAACAAAUCUCUUUUCAUCGAUCACAUGAUGGUUUUCAACGGCCUCAACAUCAAAGCUAAGGAAAUUGUUGAUUCCAAGGCGAUCGGCGAAAUCAAUGACUUUGUUUUCCAUAUGGAGUUCGGAUUAGCCCUUGACAAGCCAAACGAAUGGAGAAGCAACGCAGCAAACGAAGUUGGCGGCCCAAUAGGUGACGUAGGCAGCCACUGCAUGUAUUCUCUCGAGUACAUUCUCGGUUCUAAAAUUACAAAGAUUGCAGCUACAUACCAUCCGAAGUUUACUCAGUCCAAUGUCGAAGAUGGCGCUUACAUCAAAGUGUUCCUAGAGAACGGAAACAUUGGAACUGUAAGAGUUUCUUUCGCAGAUCGCAGAGGAAACGAUUCUUCGAUUCCAAUGCAGAUGGGAUACGAAAUCUACGGUUCUAAGAAGGUGUUGAGAACAUACGGAACUCUUUUCCAGUUCAGCGGAGUUGCAUCAGAAAAACCAAAGAUCAGACUCGAACUCGACGAUAGCGAAGGCAACGUCGAACAGGUAAAGCAGGAAGUUGUACAGGAUAUCUACCAAUCGGCCGUGGAACACCACGCUUUGUCUAUUCUUGAAGGAAAGAGAAUCGAUGGAAAGGACGGCCUCCACUCUAUGCGCUUGAUCGCUGCAGCUCAUGAAUCAGCAAAGAAUGGUGGAAAAGUUAUUGAAAUUCCAAGAGACUAA